AUGAAAAAGUUCUUUCCCAUUAGAAUACAGGUUCGUUUGAAAUCUGAUUACCCACUACUUUCUUUCGAACAAUUGGUCUCCACAAAUGGAAUAAAACAAGGUCAAGUUGGGAGAAUUUCUUUAAGAGAUUACAUAGAGUGGCAAAACUUUCCUUACAUAAUGAAAAGAGAAAACUUCUUCACGCAAAAAAACCCAGUGUCCAUGGGAACCAAAAGCGACCCCCUUUUAUUCGAUAAUAUUCUCGAUUGUGACCCACUAUUUAGCAAGUGCCUUGCCAAAUGGCUGCUGGUGAAUUAUAAAUUAAACGAUUAUCCGUACUACGACCUUAACGUCGUGCACAUUUACACGAAUUUACCUCAAGGGAUUCAAAUAUGCAAAAAUUUAAUGACAUAUCUAAAGUCGACAUUAUCCGAUAACAUGUUCCAGAAGAUAAAGUAUUUCAUGGUUCCUUUAUACAAAUGUGACAAUAUACCGCCAAAGAUCUUAGACGGAAUACCUGGAUCAGUUAGUUUGGUACAAGAUUAUCCGGUAUCUCCGAAUAUGUUACAGAAGAAAUUUAUCACAGAGGACCCUAUUCAUUUUUUGAUGCUCAACGACGUUAUAAAAUACACAACUCAUGAUUUGGUGAGGUAUUCCUCACAUGACGACACUUGGCAACAGUGUUUUGUAGACAUUAAUAAGAAUGGAGAGAAGAGCAAAAUAUUUGAUAGUAGCAUGGACUACUCAUGUAAGCUUGCAUUAGAACAAAUAUUUGACGAUCAAUCUCAUAUAAUUUCUGAUAAGGAGCUUUAUAUUCCCACCAAAUUAAUUGAGAUACUGAUGACAAUCAAGAAUAACAUCCCGCAACAUAGAAUUUUCACUGUGGACACUCCACAGAGGUCAAGUCCCAAAAUAGUAUCAUUUCUGAAGAGUUUAUUCAGCCCACGAUCGACAGGGUCCAGUCAGGUAAUACAAUCAUGUUCGGAUUCAAUUCUUUCCGAUAAACGCAAUGAAAGAAUAUACUUCAUGACGAAUUUCUUACAACUGCAGAACAUUUACAAUGAAAUAAACAGUUCUUCUAAUAGUUGCGAAGUCGAAGAUAUGGCAGAUUUUGUUGAAAAAUGGAUAAGCCCUAGUGAAAGAAAUAGACGCCCAUUGUCUGGUGAAGAUAAGCCUCAAUUAAAAGUUAUAAAAAAUAGCUCCUUAGCGAUACUUCACUCUACAUAA